AGGCACAUCAGCCGGGCAGAGACCAUAUACUACUAGAGACCAGAAAGGAGCGGUGCCGUAAUAGUCAGAAGAUGUUAGCGUCCCCUAGAAAUAGCAGGAUGAAUUAUUCUUCCACUCGAGAGCCUUAGCCAUCUGUAUCUCUUACACAUAUUUCCCAAGUCACUCAUCAUCCUGCAUCUAAAUCCAGUCUCAAGAUUGAAUCUUUCUGAGGUACAUGCAUACAGAGUGAGCUGCCUCCAUGUCAGAAGACUUCACAAAAUGGGACUACAUGGUGUUCAUAUUCAUGUUGCUCAUCUCAGCCUCUAUUGGAGUCUACUACGCUUGGGUAGAAAGAGGCAAGCAGACGGAAACGGAAUUCCUGAUGGGGGGCCGCCAGAUGUCAGGGGUCCCUGUGUCAUUAUCCCUCACGGCCAGCUUCAUGUCCGCAGUCACCGUGUUGGGCACCCCGGCUGAAGUCUACCGCUUUGGGGCCAUGUUCUCGCUCUUCUGCAUCUCCUACACCCUGGUGGUCAUCAUCACCACGGAGGUCUACAUGCCCGUGUUCUACCGGCUCCGGAUCAGCAGCACCUACGAGUACCUAGAGCUUCGAUUUAAUAAGUUAGUCCGUCUCCUCGGAACAUUUUUCUUUAUCACGCAGACGAUUCUCUACACCGGAAUCGUUAUUUAUGCCCCGGCUCUCGCUUUGAAUCAAGUCACGGGUUUCGAACUCUGGGGUGCGGUGGUGACUACGGGACUCGUCUGUACCUUCUACUGCGCGUUGGGAGGCCUCAAAGCCGUCAUCUGGACGGAUGUGUUCCAAUCCGUGAUUAUGAUCGCAGGGUUUUCUUCAGUUAUCAUACAGACCUCAAAACUUCAAGGCGGAAUAAGUAACGUCAUAGAACACGCCGAGGAGGGAGGGAGAUUAAGAAUAUGGGACUUUAAUCUGAAUCCUUUACAGAGACACACUUUCUGGACAAUUGUAAUAGGCGGUACCUUCACGUGGACUAGCAUUUAUGGCGUCAACCAGUCCCAAGUGCAGAGAUACCUGGCUUGUAAAAGCAAAAGCCACGCAAGACUAGCCCUUUAUUUAAAUCUCCUGGGCCUCUGGAUAAUCCUCGCCUGCGCGGUUCUAAGUGGCUUGUCACUCUACUCGAUGUUUCGAGACUGCGACCCGUGGACGUCUCACAAGAUCAGAGCCCCGGAUCAGCUCAUGCCCUACCUGGCCCUGCAGAUCCUCAGCGACUACCCGGGCCUGCCCGGGCUUUUUGUGUCCAGCGCUUACAGCGGCACCUUGAGCACCGUGUCCACCAGCAUCACCGCUCUCGCCGCCGUAACUGUAGAAGAUCUCAUCAAACCGCAGUUGGUUUCACCUUCACAGAAGACUCUGUCUCUGCUUUCUCAAGGAAUUAGCGUGUUCUUCGGGAUACUUUGUAUCGGGAUGGCUGCCCUGGCCUCCUUGAUGGGAGGCCUGUUACAGGCCGCCCUCAGCAUAUUCGGGAUGAUCGGAGGACCUCUGUUGGGUCUGUUUACUCUGGGACUUUUAAAUCCUUACGCCAACUCGCUCGGUUCGUUUAUCGGUCUGAUGUUUGGAUUUUCUUUCUCGAUAUGGACUGGAGUUGGGGCUUAUUUUUACCCUCCACCUCCUUCCAGGACAUUACCUUUACCCCUUUCUGUGGCAAAUUGUACCAUGACUAGAAGCUUGCCUCUGAAUUUGACUGGCUUAAUCGAAUACUCAGUCGUGGUGCCCUGGAAAACGACUGUCAAAAGAAAUUUUCUAAUGAAUAGUUUAUAUUCCCUUUCUUACCUCUACCUCAGCACUUUGGGGACAUUGAUGACAGUACUUAUGGGAUCAGUUUUCAGCUUUCUAACAGGUGGACACGAACAGUCUAUAGAUCCCAAGUACCUCUGGAACAAAGGAGAUUUGUCGCUGGGUCCAUAUUUAACAAGGAAAAAAGAAGAAGUUUCGGAGUUACCAGCUUAGCAUGUUGGAAGAAGUUGAUGAACUACCUUGAGAAUCUUAAAAUAAAGAAAUGACAAACACUA